UGCCCGCUCGGCUCCAGGGCUCGGGUGCUGCUGGCUCGCGCCUCGACUGCUACCCGCCAGGACAAGGGCUGCGCUCGUGCCCCGACCCCGCCAUGAGCCCCGAGGAAAAGCCCCCGCCUGGCCGCUCCCGCGGGAGCCGGGCGCCACCGCCGCAGCCUCCCUGUGGCCGGGGCCGCCGGCGAGGCGGGUUCCUGAGCGAGAUCCGCACCGCGAUCCGCACCGAGCCCUUCCAGGAGCGCUACAGCCUCAGCCCCGGCAGGGAGCUCGGCAGAGGGAAGUUUGCAGUGGUGAAGAAGUGUGUCAAGAAAGAUACAGAAAAGGAGUUUGCAGCCAAAUUCAUGCGAAAAAGAAGAAAGGGCCAAGACUGUCGAAUGGAAAUAAUCCAUGAGAUAGCUGUCCUUGAGUUGGCACAACGCAACCUUUGGGUCAUUAAUUUACAUGAAGUUUAUGAGACUGCAACAGAGAUGAUCUUAGUUCUGGAAUAUGCUGCUGGAGGUGAAAUCUUUGACCAGUGUGUGGCUGAAAGGGAAGAAGCCUUCAAAGAAAAAGAUGUUAAGCGGCUUAUGAGGCAAAUUUUAGAAGGAGUUUCAUUUUUACACAGAAAUAAUGUGGUACAUCUUGACUUGAAGCCCCAGAAUAUUCUGUUAACUAGUGAAUCUCCUUUGGGAGACAUUAAGAUAGUUGAUUUUGGCCUUUCCAGAAUACUGAAAAGCAGUGAAGAGCUAAGAGAAAUUAUGGGAACUCCUGAAUAUGUGGCGCCUGAAAUUCUGAGUUAUGACCCAAUCAGUACAGCAACAGACAUGUGGAGCAUUGGAGUACUAGCAUAUGUCAUGCUAACAGGGAUAUCGCCUUUCUUGGGAGAUGAUAAACAAGAAACAUUCUUAAAUAUAGCACAAAUGAACAUAAAUUAUUCCGAGGAAGAUUUUGACCUUAUAUCAGAGUCUGCUGUGGAUUUCAUCAAAACCCUUUUGGUUAAGAAACCUGAGGAACGAGCAACAGCUGAAGAAUGUCUGCAACACCCAUGGCUAGCACAAAGUGAUAUUCCAGACCCUGUGUGCAGCAUUAAGAGUACAGCAGAUGAGGUAAAUACUGUCAUCCAAAAAGAUGGAGAUUCUGCCUCUGAAAAUUCUACAGAUGCUGAGAAAACUGAAGGAGACGAAUCAGUAGUGACAGAGGAACUAAUUGUAGUGACUUCGUACACACUGGGACAAUGUAGGCAGUCAGAAAAAGAAAAAAUAACUGAGCAAAAAGCCAUUUCCAAACGAUUUAAAUUUGAAGAACCAUUGCUGCAAGAAAUACCAGGAGAAUUCAUUUACUGAACCGUAUGGGACAUUGUAGCUGUAACUUAAAGGGAAUCAUUCCUACAAAAAAAAGUUAAUAUCCAAGUGAAUCUUGCCUUGAUGUGCAACAAACUUUCUAGGUAAAAAGGAAAACGUUGAUAAAAGGCAGCUAAGAAAACUAUGCCAAGCUUUUAAUUUCAUAGGAUGCUUAAACAAGAUUUCCAAGAUGGCUGACAGGAGUGCAACAGCAAUAAUGGCUUACUUUCUGUUAGGGAAGGUGGGGAGUUUAUACUGUUCUUGAUAUGUGAUUCAUUCUUCAGAUAGUAGGGAAUACUAACUAGCUGUUCCUGUUCUGAAGAAGCUGAUGGUAUGAAGAGUUUCAUCUAUGAAAAAAGAAAUGCUAAGAGACUCAUUUUUUGAUUAAUUUUCCAUUAGCUGUGAAUACACAGGGCCAGAUUUGCCUCUGACACUCCUUUUUUACCUUGAUAUAACCCAGUGAUUUCAGUGGCUAAGUUCUGAUUAAGAAUGGUGUCAGAAGAGUGAGGCCAACUGAAUCUACACUCAGUUUUUUUUUUAAUUCUGAAUUUUGAAGUUGGGGUUCUUCUGGAAGAGUCAUUGUUGUGACUUCUCAUUCCUCUGAUUGUCAUCUGUGGAGGGAGAGAAAGUCCGUAGACUCAGUUGACCCCUUUCUAUUUACCCAUCAGCUGAGGAAGGAACUCCCCAUUACCUGAAUAGAAUAAAUUGAGGUCUGGGAAGCACCUAUCAUUCAGAUACGGAUAAAGUGGUAUAUCUAUGACUGGACAAAGACUAGGAUUGGGUAGCUGUAUAGAUGUGACACAGCUGUCAGUGAGGAUGGUCCCUCUUUAGGAUAAUUUAGGGAGCAACUGGGCAGCAAACUUUGACAAGUUCUGUGACUUACAGAUGCCAGGACCUCAGACUGAGCCCUUAGUUUUCUGAGAUGUUUAAAAAUCAAUGCAGUUCCAAAGUUCCAUUUUUAUGUAAUUGAAGUGUACUGCUAUUAUCUCAUGUACUGUUAACUGUUCAACUAUUUAUUUUGUUUCCCCAUUAUUCACAAUUCCUUGAUAAUAAAUCCUUUAUAAAGUUUUCUUGCUAUGACACCACAAAUAGGAACUCUGUUAAAUUAGAUUCUUCUUCACUUUCACAAUACUCAAAUUUUUUUUCUACUCUCAUAGAACACAAACCAGAAUGUGUUUACCAUUUAAUUCUUUGGGCCUACCAACCUGGAGUUCCCAGUACUAAGUGCUAAUCUUGAAAAUUCUGUCUUCACACAAAAGAUGAAUGGUAGUUUAUUAAUAAGCACAAGUAGGUUUCAUUAUAAAUGUUUGUGUGAGCUAGCUGUUAAUAUGGUUGUAAUAAAGCAGGGAAGAGAUGUUACAAAUAUAUAGAAGAAAACGGCAUGAAAAGCAGUGUGACCUAGAGCGAGAAGCUGUAUAUUUCUUUACUUAAUGGCUCCGAGCCAGUAGUUUGUCUGACUGCUUUCAGCUGAAGUCACAUCAGGAAAAUUGCAUCUAUAAACUACUAUGUUCCAUCAUACUUAGUUUGCUUUGUCCCUGCUGAAUUAUAAACUGAAUAUUCAUGUAGAUAGGGCAGCAUCCUUAUUCUGUGAAGACCUUUUGUUUAAUGUACAGUAGUUGUGUACUCAGAACUGAUCCAAAUUGAGUAACUUAUUCAUAUUGUAACAGUCAGGUGAUUGAUUUGUUUGAAGCAUUUAGAGUUGUACAUUUAGAUUACUCCUCCUGCAGACAAUACCCAUCAAGUUUUUAUAUCAUCAGAGUUAAGUUUUCAAGCAAGAUUUUGGAUAGCUAUGGAAAAACUAAUAAUAAAAACAAAAUUCUAACAAAGGAAGGUUACUUGUGUCCUAGCCUACAUUCUAGAUUUGUCUUUCUAGACUAUGGAAAUGACCAGCAGUGGUCAGAUUACGGGAUGUUAUUUGGUGACCUCAGUGCUGAUCCCCACCAAACAUUGCAUGGAUUCAGGAGUUGAAGUUCUCUCUCAGUAUCUUUUGUCCUUACACUUGGAUCACUUGACCAAAGCAGCUGUGUUGGUCAGGAUAUGUCAACUCUCAAAACUCACAUCAAGCACAACUAAAAUGACAAUUUCUGACCCACACCCAUAGUAUCCGGGGAAAUUUUAAACUUUUUUUUUUUACACUUCCUUGACUAACACAAACUGAGCAGUAAGAAUGAGAUGUUUGAACAUAUGCUUAUACUCUAAAUCUACACUGUCUAAAAUAGAAGAUACUAAAGAGGGAACAUCUGAUUUUGCCAUGUUCAGAUAUCUGAAUACCAACUAACAGUUUGUAAUUUCAGUUCGUGGUAUUUCAUUACAUAAUCAUUUGAUUGCAGGACCCUUAAAACUAUUUUAAUUCCUGUGUGUAACUAUACAAUAGACUGGUUAAUAGUGGAUUUGAGCUGCAUACCUGUUGUACUAUGCCUUUUAGUUUCUAUUGUAUGGUAGUGAAACUUGAAAACAUAUUUAAACUAAAUGAGUUAUAAUGUUUGUUACAAGGCCAGCUUCCUUUGAAUUGGCUGCUUUGAGAUUUCCAAAUGUGCUGCAUUUUUUGUUAACUUUUUGUGCCUUAAGGUGGAUUUGUACAAUAUUUUUUAAAAUCAUUCUGAAUUUGUAUAAAUGUAUGUAAAAGUUUAUUAGUUUGUAAGUUAUAAACAAAGCAUGUUAAGUUGGUCUAUAUAAUGGAAAAAAUAAAGUUUCUAUUAAUGUA